CGCCUGACAGCUUUUAGCAAACUUAGUUGCGUUCAGAGAAGCGUUCUAGCGGCAAGGUUAAAAUAGCCUCUUUUACCUGUUAAAAAGCCUUUUCUGUAUCAUUUCAAUAUGGAAAGUGAUAUCCAGGAUGCCUUAGAAGAUCUUGGAUUUGAUGGUGCACUUUUAGAGGAAGGUGCACUGUCAGUUGCUGUACAGGGAGAAAACCCCACACCAGAUUUUAUGGCCUUGUGUGUCUGGCUGUCAGAAAACUUGAAGUCCCUUUGCAGUAUACAAGAACAUGUUACAGAAAAAGAGGAUGAAGAAACAUUUAGAAUGGAAAUGAGUGCAUUGUUGAAUGAACUGGGUUGUCCUCAUUCCCAACUUUUGGGAGUAAACAGCCUUGUGUCUCCAUCAAACAGGCUGCUUUUGUUAGACUAUCUGUCAUCAGAACUUCAAGCAAUACGCAUGACUGGAGGGGACGAAGAUAAAAUGGAGAUUGAUGAAGAAGCAGUAAAUCCUGUCCUGCAACACUUAAAGGCUAUUUUAGCUGCAUUGAAUUUACCGGAGCCCACUAAGGAAUCAACUGUGUUUGAGUUGUUUUCUCAGAUUGAGACAAAGGUGCGGCAACUUUUAAGUAAAGCUCCUAAAGAUCAUCUUGGCAAUCCAUUAUUAAAUAAAAGUUUAGGCCGCAAGCAGUGGAACAAAGUGGAAGAAAUAAACUCACAGCUCAAUCAGGAGUAUACACUGCGACGUUCAAUGUUAUUGAAGAGAUUAGAUGUGACAGUUCAAUCCUUUGGCUGGUCUGAUAGAGCCAAGGUUAAGAAAGAUGAGAUAUCCACAGUUUAUCACCCUCUGAGAAAAUCUCUGUCAGCUGCAGCACCAGUUAGCGUUCCAGAUAUCAUUGCAGCAAGAUCAGAUUUAUUAAGGUUGACAAGAACAAGCAGUGGAGAAAUCAGAGACAAAACACAAUGUAAAAUCAACAAGGUCAUGAUGGGCAAGGUACCUGAUCGAGGAGGGAGGACAUCAAAUGUAGCACCACCAGUAGAAAUGCCAUCAUUUAAAAAGAGAACAGAGGCACCCAGGGACCAAAGGCCACAAAGUGGUCGUGGAGGCAAAAGAGGAAAAGUUCAAGGGAGUUGGUCUGGUGGUGGACGGGGUGAAAGGGGUGGCCAGGGAGGUCGAUGGAGAGGAGGAAGGGGCGAUGGGCAAGGUGGAGGCCAAGGAGGAAAUCCUUUCGGAGGGGGUUACUAUCAGAGAACCAAUCAAUACUACAGCUGAAGUCCUUUGUUAUCAAUUAAUAAUAUAUGCAUUUUAAGCUGAAGAGCUUUCCGUGAUGCCAAGACAUGUAAUUCAAUAGUCAGAAUACAACCUGCAAAGUAGGAGAAAGAGGAAUAAAAUUGCUUCUACUUAAAGUCA